UUUUUAAAUUACAUUUACAGAUACUGUGUGUCAACAAAUUUGCCGAUUAUCUUGUAUUGGAGAAUAGUAUUUGUUAAAUAAUUUUGUAUUGCUUAUAACCUUAAGCUUAUAACAAUGAUUCUUUUUUCCUGAAUUUGUAAUCAACGUGUAAAUCUAAUCUCUAUGCUGUGAUUAUUAAUUACUAGGUACAUAAGCUGUAAAAUUUUUUAAAAGUUGAUGGAUGUGAUAGCCUGGGAUAGCUAGAAAAAAUAUAUUAUUCCAAUUAUACAUACAAGUAUGCUAUGUAGGACUGCUGUGCUUUUUAAAAUUAGAUUUUUGUUAUGGAUGAAAACAAUUCAAAUUUUUCUAACAUAAACGGCCAAAAUCUAACAUUUGAUAUUAAAAAAAGUAAUGGAUAUCUGAGAAUAUCGAUAAGUAAAAACAUACCUUUUAUGUAUUAUAUUAGCGCAUUUCUUGUUCUUUUGAUAAAUUUGUUAUUGUUAAUAUGUUCAAAUACAGUUAGCAUAAGUUUAGGAUUAAUAAUACUAUUAUAUUUAACAUAUUCCAUUAUUAAUUUAGUGACAACAGAAGAAUUACAAGUUAUAAAAGGAUUUGGAUACCAGAUAGGUCAAAGAAGCUUUAUAAAGGAAAAUAAAACAUUUAUUCCCUACGAAAAAGUACAGGAAACAUUUAUUAAUGAAGUAAUACAUAAGAACAGAAUCAUUUUUCUGGUCUCCCUUUUAAUAAAACAAGAAAAUGAAAUGGAAAUCGUACCUAUAUUUACUGGCUUAAUUCCAAGACUGAAUUGUUUGACAAUUAUAUACAACGAACUGAAGAUAUUAUAGAGCUAUUAAUUAAUGUAGAUUAAAUAAUAAGACAACAAGAUUUCUACUUCUUUAAUAUAGAAAAAAUUAUUCAA